CUUACGACAAUGCAGGAAAACGAAUCGCAACUUCAGACUCAGACUACCCUGCUAGGUCUUUCAUGGGACUAUCUUCUCAGUCUCCGUGAAAGGUACCGGCGAGAGCAUGAACAACCUUUCCAGAUUCUCCACAGAUCGCCUCGAGAACAAGAGAUUGUCAUCGUCAACGAAGAGAAUGUGCCUAGAGCUGAAUGGAAACUGGGCCGAAUUACGCGAGUCCGGAAAGACGAACAAGGAACAGUACGAACAGCCGACAUCCUGAUGCCAAACGGUCACAUACUACAUCGACCAGUAAGUAUGCUAUUUCCACUCGAAAUCUCAGAAGAAGAGCAAGAACCAAUCGUCGAUUCAAGGGAGAGAAGUUUUGCUCGACUCCCGAAUGAUCACAACCUCGAAGCAGAAGCAGAAGAGGAUAAAAGCGAAGAAGUCCAUCGAAGCAGUACCAAGAUCGGACUAGCUCGUACAACCGUAACCAAAUCAUUCUUAACAUUAACUGCACUCAUUGCAUUGAUAUUGAGUACCUCAACAGCAUCGCAAUUUCACCUGUGUUUGAAGCAGGGCCAUGGAUUGUACGUGAAACUGCCACAAGAGUUGAACUGUACGAACAUUCGAGAGGAACAUCAUCAGACUACGCAAAUGGUUGGAGUAUGGAGAAGAACCUUUCUAUCGACAGAGGCCACCUUCUGCUCCAGUGUG